GGACAGAGUUGUUUAUCCGUUAAAAGGAGGGAGGAGAAGGAACAUAACAGAAACCAAAAGGAGCUAUUGCCUCUCCCCAAUUCAUUAUUAAAAAUAGAUGUGGCGAGCACAGUAAAGGCAAGGCUUAAUCCAUUGUUAUCCUCAGUGGGGCUCUUGUAUGCCCCAGAGCUUGCCCUCCCUUGAAGUAAAAGCAGGAGAGUAAACACCUUGGCAGUAACAGGAAUCAGAAAACGAAACCAAGGCUGUCCUUUCGCCCAGGGAGAGGCAGCCAUGGCAGCAGGAACCCCUGAGAAGCAGCUUCGCGAAGAAGUGACUUGCUCCAUCUGCCAGGACUACUUCGAAGACCCAGUGACUACAAACUGCGGGCACAAUUUCUGCCGAGCGUGCCUGAGAGACGGGCUGGAGAAGAACCCUUUUUGCCCUCUGUGCAGAGCAGCCUUGAAGCCACGGCAAUUCAAGCCCAACAGGAAACUGGCAAACAUGGUCGAAAUAAUCAGGAAAAUGGAGGAGGGGAAAAACGCUAAGCUGUGUAAGGGGGACCAGGAACCCUGCAAGCUCUUCUGCAAGGAUGACCAGGUCCUCAUAUGCGUGAUCUGCAACCUAUCCAAGGAGCACCGAGAUCAUCACGUCGUCCCUGUGCAGGAGGCGGCCCAGGAGUAUAAGGUAGGGAAUUGCCACUGUUUGGGGGUCCAGAUGGAUAGAGCAGGAGGAGACACAAUAGAUGAGUCUGAAAUGGUACAUGGUGUGGCGAGCACUGCUGUUCUUUUGUUUAAGCCAGCGCUAGGCAGAAGGUGGGACGCGGGUGGCGCUGUGGGUUAAACCACAGAGCCUACGACUUGCGGAUCAGAAGGUCGGCAGUUCGAAUCCCCGCAACGGGGUGAGCUCCCGUUGCUCGGUCCCUGCUCCUGCCAACCUAGCAGUUUGAAAGCACGUCAAAAUGCAAGUAGAUAAAUAGGUACCGCUCCGGCCGGAAGGUAAAUGGCGUUUCCGUGCGCUGCUCUGGUUCGACAGAAGCGGCUUAGUCAUGCUGGCCACAUGACCCGGAAGCUGUAUGCCGGCUCCCUCGGCCAAUAAAGCGUGAGCGUCGCAACCCCAGAGUCGGCCACAACUGGACCUAAUGGUCAGGGGUCCCUUUACCUUUACAGGCAGAAGGUAGUUUGGGAUCUGCUGGUGGAACUGUAGGUGAUUUGCAAUAGGUUGGAAAGGCCUCUUGAUUCCCAAAUGUUUAAUAAUAAUAGCACAAUUGUAGCUAAGCGGCAUAUAAAGUGUUUAAGUGUUUAAAUAAACGAAAGACCUACAAUCUAAGUAUGCAAAAUAGAGGUGGGGUCAUGUAGCGAAUCACAAGAGGAUUGUGUCGGUGGUGGUGUUGUCGUUGUCGUCGCCCUGGCAGCCAACACCAGGAAGCUUUGAAAUUAAGAGCUGGGCCUCAUCUACAGUCCAUCGGAUCAGACUUGGCUUUAUAAGGAACUCAGUUGGGGGAAACUGGACUGGCUGACUAAGCAAAAGUCUUUUUUUUCUGUUUGUGCAGGGGAAAAUCGAGGCCCAGAUCCAAGCCCUGGAGAAAAAGAGAGAAAACAUUUUGCACCGGGAACAGGCUGAAGAUGAGAAGAAGCAGAAAUAUUUAGUAGGUGUUUGUUCCUCCAGCUCCAGUACUGGGGAUGAACAUUUUAGAAGUCGAACGGACUUCUGGAACAGAUUCCGUUCAACUUCCAAGGGACGACUGUACUACAAAUUUCACACAAGCUCAUUCUUGUCAUUGUGGACACAUUCAAAGCAGAUGCGCCCCCAGACAUUUCCAAAUGACUGAAUUAUUCAAAAUGCAAUUUAAAACAAGCAAUUUAAACUAUCCUCAAUGCACAUUUUGAACCGACAUAGCCAGUGGCAGAGAACGGGCAGUGCGGUGCAGGCGGUCUGCCCCAGGUGUCAUCCCUGAGGGGGGGUGACAAAAUCCCCCCUGGGUGGAUCACCGCCACGCCAAUAGGGAUGCCCAUAGGGAUGGGACAGGACAUGCGGUGCCAGUAGAGACAGGGUGCACCAUGGGGCCUCAGCUGAUCUACAACUGGGGGGAGGCAGUGGGCGGACAGUGGCUGUGCCGUGCAGUCCCAUCCUGUCCCCCGUGCGCACCACGUCCCUAUGGGCGGUUCGCCUUGCCCCUGUGGGCGGUUUGCACCACCCCUAUGGGCAGUUUGCCGCCCCAGGUGCCCAAGAGGCUUCCUCCGCCGCUGGACGUAGCAGGCUGUUGAGGUAUAAGGUGCCCAGAAAACCUUUUAAGAGAAUACAUGGGUACGGGUCUUGUGGAGACCGUCAGUACUUGCCAGAGGAAGGGAAGCAUCAUGAUGUCAAAACGAUCAACAAUUACCUGACAUUCAGAAGACAUCUUAAGGUAGCCCUGUUCAGGGAAGUUUUUAAUGUGUGAUUUUAGUGUAUUUUUGGUUUCUAUGGAAGCCACCCAGAGUGGCUGGGGAAACCCAGCCAAAUGGGCGGGGUACAAAUAAUAAAUUAUUAUUAUUAUUAUUAUUAUUAUUAUUAUUACUACUACUAUGUGCCAAAUUACAGUGGUACCUCGGGUUACAUACGCUUCAGGUUACAGACGCUUCAGGUUACAGACUCUGCUAACCCAGAAAUAUUGCUUCACGUUAAAAACUUUGCUUCAGGAUGAGAACAGAAAUUGUGCUCCGGUGGCACGGCAGCAGUGGGAGGCCCCAUUAGCUAAAGGUUAAGAACGGACCUCCAGAACGAAUUAAGUACUUAACCCGAGGUACCACUGUAAUUCGUUGCUACAGGCACACACUGUUGCUUAAUUUGGAUGGGUUGUAUGUCCUCCCCCUCAUCCCCCUAAAAAUCUGCUCUGGAAGUUCCCCUAUCCCCCUGGAGCAGACUUGAGGUUGCCUGGGGGUUGUAGAAAAGGAAAGGGGAAUUCUGUUGUGUGAACAGAAGUGUGUUGUGCAAGUGGGACAGCAGCGUCAGAUACAACCCAGUCUCCUAUUCCCCUGUUUGCCACCUUUCCUUAUGUCUCUUUUCCCCCUUGCCGCUCUAGUCACAGGUGGGAGUGGAGAAACUCAAUAUCAGGUGUGUUUUCAAGCAAAUGCAGAAGUUCCUUAAGGAAAACGAGCGCCGUUGGCUGGCCCAGCUAGGAGAUCUGGAGAGAGAGGUUGAGAAGACAUGGAAAGAAAAUGUUGCCAGCCUCUCCGAUGAGUCUUUCCGCCUCAACACGCUUAUCAGCGACAUGGAGAGGAAGAGGCAGCAGCCAGACAGCAAAUUCUUGCAGGUGAGACUGGAGACAGAGAUGGAUCCCACUCUCUUGUUAUGAAAAAACGUGCCUAGACUUUCCGUUGUUGUGCCCAUAACCUAGGUUUAAGGUGUCAUUUAGCUCCUAGCUUUCAUAUCUCAGUUUCUAACACUGUAUAAUAAUUAUUAAAUAAAUCUGAAACAAGGCAACUAACUGACACAGCCAUCCUUCAAAAUUCACACUUCUCUGAAUUUUGCCAUGCACGUCUCCAGCAAAACACUGUGUAUGCAUUAUGCUAAGGAAAAUUGAUGUACAAAAAUGUGUGUAUUUGAGGGGGGAAUGCAUAGAAAAAUGCACAUUAUUAGGAGACUGAUGAAUUUCCGUGAAGGACUUCCAUCGCAAAUAGUUUUGGAAACGUCGAGAACUUCAUUUAGGGCUGCAAAAACCAGAAGCUGCAGGAAAGUGGAAUUAACAGAUGCACCUGUCCCAACCUGAGACCCAUUUCUCUCUUUCUUUCAGGACAUAAAAAAUACCCUGAGCAGGUAUGUGACUCUUUCUGUGUCCGCUUGCUGUUCUUUCUGGUUUUGAUGGUCUCUUGCAGCAAAAGCAACAAAUGAUGUUGCGGCACCUUUAAAGACAAAUGGAUUUAUUACGGCAUGUAAGCUUUCGUGGAUGACUGUUCCCUUGAUCAGAUACCUGAUGUUGUUACCAUGAGUUUCAGGAACACAGCUACAAUACAUAGUUGGAGAGGGAGGGGCAGUAUCGUAAACAGUGAGGUCAAAAGGAAGUGAAGGUUUUGAGCAGUGGACUCCUCUCUCUCUCUCUCUCUCUCUCUCUCUCGCUUUCACUUUGUCUCACUCUCUAACACUCACUCACCAAUUACGGCGGUACAUUCUGGAAGACCGUUUGAGUUCUGAAACGUUCAAAAACCGAAAACAGUCGAAAAUUAGGCUUCAGGAUCUUGCACACAGCAGAAGCUGCGUGGCAUAUUCAACUUUCGAGGCGUGUUUGGAAACCGAAGCAUUUGCUUCCGGGUUUACGGCGUUCAUAAACCGAAAUGUUCGACAAUGGAGACAUUCGCAAACCGAGGUAUUGCUGAAGGAACCUUGUCACAAGUAAAUAAAAUAUCCGGUCUGCCGCUUCAUGCUACAAUGGGAUAAGGGAAUCUGCGGUUCUUCUGGUGCUGCUGAACUUACAGCUCCCAUCAUGCCUGACCAUUGCCCAUGCUGGCUAGGGCUGAUGGGAGCUGUAGUCUAACAAUAUCUGUAGGGUCAUGGAUUCCCCAGCCUUGUGAUUCAGGCCUGCAGGAGGACACAGUGCUUUCAAACCAUUCUUUUAACUGGCACUCAACUUCUUUCCAGGUGUCAGGAGGGGCAACUGAGGCAGGUGGUGGAGCUUUCUCCAGGGCCUGAGGAAGGACUCAGAAGUUACUCUCAUAAAAGACUGGUUCUCAAAAAGGUCAUGGAAGAAAUUGAAGGUAUUGGGGGACAGCUCCAGGAGGCGGGCGGGUUUUCCAGAUUGGGUGCAUGCAAAGCGAGGGGCUGGCUUUCUCUGCAAUGUCCCAGGUGUCUGACAAGUGAGGCUGUGUCACACCUCUUCCCGUUUCCUAAAAUGGGGCUCAGGGUGUCUUCCGUAAAAGGAUCCUCCUCCUCAAAGGCCACCUCUGCACCAUACAUUUGAAGCACUGUUAUUAGAUCACUUUAAGUCAUGGCUUCCCACCCCACCCCCAGGAAUCCUGGGAAUGGUACCUUGUCAAGAGUGCAGAGACAUCUUCUCACUUCACAAAAAUACAAUUCUGGGAGUGGUUGAACAAUCAAAUCCUUCUGAGAACUGUAGCUCUGUAAGAGGAAUGAGGGUCUCCCAGAGUUUGGAGACCCACAGACUAGACCACAUUAUACUGGCUUAUCAGGGAUGCCAAUUUGAAUAGAAUAUUGUGGGGCCCAGGUAAGCCCCGCCCCACUGAUCACAUGACACAGUGCACACACACCAUUUGAAUGGGAAUGCCCAUCAACUUUGUGGGGGCCCGGCCCCCUCAAAUAUUUCAUUGUGGGGGCCGAAACCCUCACAGCCCCUAGGAGUUAGCUCCUACGCGGCUUAUUAUUGACUCCAUCUAAUAUAUGGUUUCUAAACUUGCAUCUGUGCAUAUUAAACUGCACGGGAGUAGCCAGCUUGGUGCUUUCUAGAUGUCACCAGUCUCAACUAACAUAGUCAAUGAUCGUAGUCCAAAUAGCCCCAGAAGGACCAGAGGAGUAUAGCAUCUAGAUCAAGGGAAGUAAUAGUGCCACUGUAUUCUGCUCUGGUCAGACCUCACCUGGAGUACUGUGUCCAGUUCUGGGCACCACAGUUCAAGAAGGACAUUGACAAACUGGAACGUGUCCAGAGGAGGGCAACCAAAAUGGUCAAAGGCCUGGAAACGAUGCCUUAUGAGGAACGGCUAAGAGAGCUGGGCAUGUUUAGCCUGGAGAAGAGGAGGUUAAGGGGUGAUAUGAUAGCCAUGUUCAAAUAUAUCAAAGGAUGUCACAUAGAGGAGGGAGAAAGGUUGUUUUCUGCUGCUCCAGAGAAGCGGACACGGAGCAAUGGAUCCAAACUACAAGAAAGAAGAUUCCACCUAAGCAUUAGGAAGAACUUCCUGACAGUAAGAGCUGUUUGACAGUGGAAUUUGCUGCCAAGGAGUGUGGUGGAGUCUCCUUCUUUGGAGGUCUUUAAGCAGAGGCUUGACAACCAUAUGUCAGGAGUGCUCUGAUGGUGUUUCCUGCUUGGCAGGGGGUUGGACUCGAUGGCCCUUGUGGUCUCUUCCAACUCUAUGAUUCUAUGAUUCUAUGAUUCUAUAGGUUCCCCAUCCCUCCUUGGGAAGAGACUCCCCCCAACCAGUCUCAACUCUUUGUGGAUGAUUAUGUGUUGGACUACAGCAGGGGUAGCUAAUGCAGUUCCUUCCAGGUCCUGUGGAGAGACUCCUGCUCAUGUCAGCCCUAGCCAAGCUGGAGUCCAGCAUGUUAGAAUUCCUGCUCCAUGAUUGCAGUCAUGGGAUUUUUGUCUAUCACAUGACGGUAUAUGUUUUGUCUCCACAGAGUGGGAAGUGACAGGAACAGGAUGUUUGUGUUACUGUAUUCCAUGAAGUGGGACUAUUGUCCUUUGUUCUUUUUCUUUUUGCUGUCUGAUGCUAGAGAGAGAGGGAGCCAUGUUGCAGUGUUCCGUGUGUAUUUAUAUGUAAAUAAAGUAGAUUAGCCAAAAUGCUAACCUGUUACGCAUGAUGUGCAAACUCAGCAGAUCCCUAAGUGUGCCGGUGUCAGUUAGCAUUGGUCGCUGUGAUGUUCGGGCUGAAGAAAGCUUUUGAAGCUCCCGAACGAAAGACCAGGAGGGAGAGAACAUGCCAGUUGGGCAUGGUUCUACUCGAGUGUAGGCUGAGCUCCUGACACAGCAACAUCUGGAGAACCCCAGCUACCUCUGGACUAGAGCAUUUCUCCUGGUGGAGAUGGAAAUGGAGGGGGUGGAAUCUAUUGCCUGGCAACUUAAGUAUCCAUUAAUGCAGUCACCCACUUCUUAAGCAGGAACAGAGUGCAACAGCUCUCUCCUGAUCUGCAAUUCACUGGUGACUGGUAUUCACAGCCAUGCUGCCUCUGACAGUAGAGGGAGAAUAUAGCCAUGGAGCCAGUGUGGUGUAGUGGUUAAGAGCAGUAGACUCGUAAUCUGGUGAACCGGGUUCGCUUCCCUGCUCCUCCACAUGCAGCUGCUGGGUGACCUUGGGCCAGUCACACUUCUCUGAAGUCUCUCAGCCCCACUCACCUCACAGAGUGUUUGUUGUGGGGGAGGAAGGGAAAGGAGAAUGUUAGCCGCUUUGAGACUCCUUUGGGUAGUGAUAACGCGGGAUAUCAAAUCCAAACUCUUCUUCUUCUUCUCCUUUGAUUCUUCCUCUCCAUCAAGUUGCUUCCCUUUACUCCUAAAGCAGUUUUCAAAUCUAAAAAAGAAGAAGCAUAGAUUUGUUCACUAGUGUUGUUUAAAUGCUGGUUGUACGAAGUUAUUCUGUUAUUGACUCAUGUUGCUGUGUGCCUCACCUGAAGUAAAUUUGUCCUCCUUUCCUUCCCAUAACAGAGUCUUUGAAAGAAGCACUGAGCAAAGGUAAUUUUGUGGUAUUUUUAUGGGAAGCAAAACUCUGGUGAGGGGAGACGAUGGGAGGAGUCCCUCAUUUAAAAAUGAGAGAUGGGGAGAGGAAGGCGUUUGCAUUGCACCAGGUGAAAGGUGGGGAGGAAAUGAUGCAGUUUUGGGUUUUGGCGAGGUUUCCUGGAGGACUCCUAAGGAAAGGAGAGAGGAGGCUGAGGGAACCCUCCACAAGGGAGGGUGUUCAGAAAAGGGUAAGAGGCUGCCAGCUCUGCAGGCAAGAGGCGAAAAACUGGGCUCCUGAGCCACACAGGGAAGCUGCAGAAAGAAUGUACAGUGGUACCUCGGGUUAAGAACUUAAUUCAUUCUGGAGGUCUGCUCUUAACCUGAAACAGCUCUUAACCUGAGGUACCACUUUAGCUAAUGGGGCCUCCUGCUGCCGCUGCGCUGCCAGCACACAAUUUCUGUUCUCAUCCUGAGGUAAAGUUCUUAACCCGAGGUACUAUUUCUGGGUUAGCUGAGUCUGUAACCUGAAGCAUCUGUAACUUGAAGCAUCUGUAACCCAAGGUACCACUGUAGUUGCUCAAGGCAGCCGUGGACUCCAAAAGGUCGAAAACCUCUGGUGUAGACAAUACUAAAUCAGACUGCAGGGGGUUAGACUACAUGCCCUUUGGGGUCCCUCCCAAUUCUGUGAGUCUGUGAUUCUAACAGUCAGCCUUGUUAUAUGGCUUCCUAGGUUUCUAAUUAAAAUGCUCAUCUCAGUAUUCUGUGAGUGUUUCUUUCGUCGUUCUUUUUUUUCAUGAACUGACAUACUUGCUAUAUGUAUUAUUAUCUCGCUUUACGUUUCUCCACAUUUUAUUUCCCAAAAACAGAGCCGGCAAAGGAAACAAUGAGCAAAGGUAAAUAUUAGCAGGGAAAUGUAGGAGAUGGGGGAACUCUUGAUGGGUGAUGAAGGCUUAAAUAUCUAUAAUGAGGUUGCAUCUGGCAGGUGGUUCCACACACCUUUCUUUCAGAAAUGUCAAAGAACCUGACUGAUAGAGGCAGACCAGAGUAGCAGCUCACAGAGAUUGCAGAUGUGGAUUGAUUAUUAUUAUUAUUAUUAUUAUUAUUAUUAUUAUUAUUAUUAAAUGCCUAUAUUGACGUUCCUUCCAAUGGAACCCAGGAAGGCAAACACCAAAAUAAAAUUAAACACUAACCACCACCACCAAAUUAAAAAUAAAAUAAAAACUUUUUUUAAAAAAAUAAUAACAUGGGGGAAAAAACAUUUUUGAUGUCAAGAUCAGUUAAAACAUUUUUUUAAAUUGCCAGCACCCAGUCAUUGCUCUUCUGCUUUAAAUUGCCAAUAUAAUCGCAGUUCUUCCAGACUUAAUAGAUUCCAAACAACUUUCUGCAACCCUGUGAGCAGAAUCUUCUCUUUCCAUCUCCGGAUGUUGUGAAGAGGGAAGUUUUCAAUGGGACCAUAAUGUGAGGGGCAGUAUCAAAUUCUCCCUCCCCCUUUACUGCACUCUCAGCUAUGAUUCAUCCUCCUCAGUCGCAAUUGAUGGGGUGGGGAGAAACUGGCUCAGCUGUGAUGCUAUUGAAAAGGGAAGGGUUAAAGUGAUAGAGCUGAUUUAUAGGGAGGAGAGACAGACCAUAGAAGCCCCAUAAAAAAGUGAGUUAACUAAGGGCUUAUCCACAUUUACCUUUUGCCCCAUGCUUCCUAGGCACAGGUUGUGCACUUAAAAGCUCUGCGUCCCAGUAUUUGUUUGUUUUGCCCUAGCGCUUUCCUCGCAAAAACCUGCUCUUUAGUGCUUAAUCAGAGCAAACAUCAAUUCAAGUUUUCCCGCAGAUUGCCAUUUGCUCCGAUUGAGCUUUAAAGAGCAGGUAUUUGUGGGAAAAUCUCUGGGGAUGAAGAAAGGGUGCCUGGAAAAAGUGGGGUGGGGAGGCAAGUGUGGACAAGCUCUCAGUGUGGCUGUUCUGCUUUAAAUUUCCAGUGUGGAAGCUGAGCGAGGGUGUGAGCUGACCCCGUGAUGUCCUCUGUUUUUUGUUGGUUGUUAUGGGCAUGCAUUUUUGUGCUUUUAUAUUGUGAACCACCCUGUUAUCUUCAGACGAAGGGUAUAAGAAUCAGCGAGAAUGCUGAUUGCUAAAAAUUGGAAGGGAGAGAAAACACCUACGAAGGAAGAAUGGCAAAUUAAAUUAUGUGAAUACUUAGAAGUAGCAAAAAUGACAAAGGUAAUCAGGAACCAAUCAAACCAAAAGAAUUUACAGAGUAAAGUGCAAGUAGAUAAAUAGGUACCGCUCCGGCGGGAAGGUGAACGGCAUUUCUGUGCGCUGCUCUGGUUCGCCAGAAGCGGCUUAGUCCUGCUGGCCACAUGACCCAGAAGCUGUACGCCGGCUCCCUCAGCCAAUAAAGCGAGGUGAGCGCCACAACCCCAGAGUUGUCCGCGACUGAACCUAACGGUCAGGGGUCCCUUUACCUUUACUUUUCUCAAAGUAGAUAACAAUAGAUAAUUAUGUAAGAUCAAUGAAUUAAAAGAAGAAAAAGGACACAGUUAAAAAGUAAAGAAGAAGUAAGGAGCCGCAAUGAGGUGGAGGGAAGUCACUCUUAAAGAUUUUAAGACUUAAUGUAGCCGUAUUAUUUGAUGUUGACUUAUUUUGGUUUUUUGUGUAUAGCUUAUUGCGUCUUGAAUAACGGAUGGAGUAACUGUACUAAUAAUCAAACUCAGUAAAGAAUAUAUCCAGAAUAUCCAGAAUCUUUGGGCGAAGGGUUUUCCAUGGGGAGGGAGUGGGCCAAGCGGAAAACUGCUUGGACCCACGCUUUCUAGGUACGGGAACAGCAGAAGUGUGGGCGAGCCCCAAAAGGAGGGGGGAAAGGAACAAGUUCAGCAGCAGGCAGGGGAAGAGGAGGAAAUGAGAAACAGUUUCUACCCAAAUGCAAUUUUAGUUUUAAAGGCAGUGUAAGGAGUCUCUAUGGGAGUAUAUUGUAUUUAAAAAUGGGGUAUCAGAGUUUUUAGGGGGCUAACCAGGUUGGGAUAGCUGGGAUAGCAGCCUUGGUGGGUUUUGAAUGUUUUAUGUACAUUUUUCAAUUUUGUCGUUUUGUAUGGGACAAUGACAAUAAAGAUUAUUGUAUCAUAUUGUAUAAUAAUAAUAAUAAUAAUAAUAAUAAUAAUAAUAAUAAUAAUUUAUUAUUUAUACCCCGCCCAUCUGGCUGGGUCCCCCCAGCCACUCUGGGUGGCUUCCAACAAAACACUAAAAUACAAUAACCUAUUAAACAUUAAAAGCUUCCUAAACAGGGCUGCCUUUAGAUGUUUUCUAAAAGUUUGAUAGUUAUUUUUCUCUUUGACAUCUGGUGGGAGGGCGUUCCACAGGGCGGGCGCCAGUACCGAGAAGGCCCUCUGCCUGGUUUCCUGCAACCUCACUUCUCGCAAUGAGGGAACCACCAGAAGGCCCUCGGCACUGGACCUCAGCGUCCGGGCAGAACGAUGGGGGUGGAGACGCUCCUUCAGGUAUACUGGGCCGAGGCCGUUUAGGGCUUUAAAGGUCAGCACCAACACUUUGAAUUGUGCUCGGAAACAUACUGGGAGCCAGUGUAGGUCUUUCAAGACCGGUGUUAUAUGGUCUUGGCGGCCGCUCCCAGUCACUAGACUUGCUGCCGCAUUCUGGAUUAAUUGUAGUUUCCGGGUCACCUUCAAAGGUAGCCCCACAUAGAGCACAUUGCAGUAGUCCAAGCAGGAGAUAACUAGAGCAUGCACCACUCUGGCGAGACAGUCUGCGGGCAGGUAGGGUCUCAGCCUGCGUACCAGAUGGAUCUAGUAAACAGCUGCCCUGGACACAGGGUAUUGUAUGGUAGCGUAGAUGGCUCUGGGGAGGCCCUGGUCACUCGGCAGCCACUGAGCUCAACAUUUUCUUUCCUCUCUUUUUUUAACGCCGCUCACCUUCUUUCCUUUCUCUCUCUUUCCCCCUUCAGUGAACGUGAUUCUGGAUCCCGACACGGCACACCCUUUCCUGGUUCUCUCAGAGGACCUGACCAGCGUGAGAUGGGAAGACGGAUAUCGGGGCCUGCCUGAGAACCCCGGGAGAUUUGACAGGGAAUUCUGUGUGCUGGGCUGCGAGAGAUUCACGUCGGGAAGACACUGGUGGGAGGUGGAGGUGGAAGAGGAGGAAGGGGCGAUGUGGGCCUUAGGGGUGGCGCGAGUUUCCCUCAGGAGGAAGGGGUGUUUCAGCUUCAGUCCGAAGGAAGGCAUCUGGGCUGUGGGGAAGAGACCGCACGGCCCGCCUUGGCCUUGCCAGCUGUUUGCUUUAACUUCCCCUGAGUGGACUCCUUUGGCCUUGAGCCACGAGCCCAGGAAGAUCCGGGUGUCCCUGGACUAUGAAGGGGGGCAGCUCCACUUUUUUGAUGCCGAUUCAGAUGGCUUGAUCUUUGCUUUCCCUUCAGCCUCCUUCUCCGGGGAGAGGAUCCUACCCUUUUUCCAGGUGGUCUCAGGGGUCACAAUGAAUUGCUGAAUCUUGAGGAGAAUCCUCAUAUACACCACACACAACACCAUUAAUGGAGGCCCUGUCGACUCCAAAAAUUUAGGUGGGGAAUCUGAGGCCCCUCCAGAUGCUCCCAUCAUCCCUCAUGCUGGCUAGGGGCUGGUGGGAAUGAUGACCAACAUCUGCAGGGCCACAGGUUCCCCACCUCAGAUCUAUGCUGAAAUAUACUCAGAGUCGAGAGUGGAUUUCAUGCUCUUUAUUCAGCUCAUAGUGGUGAGGAGGAAUGGAAGUUCCCCUAGAAUGUCUGCUUUAGGUACAUUAUUUACACAAUGGGCCCCACGUGAUUGGCUAAUUCUGGGAUUCUCCUGUAGGCCAACCAGGUUGUGGAUUCACUUCCACCUGGAGCUGGGUUGGGUGGCUCCUGUGGACCAAUCAGAGUGCUGCAUUCUGAAUCCUAUUGUUCUAGGACCAAUCAGACUGCUGCAUUCUGGAUCCUAUUCAACUCAGUACUUAACAUAUGCUUUUCUCAGAGCCAAGCAAGAGGCUAGAGUCUGGGCCCCUCAGGGCAACACAUUUAUCAAGCAUUCGCCCUCAUUUGCUUACAUAGAGGUUUGGCUUUAUCUAGUCUUUCCCGAAUAUUCCUUCUGCUUUGCUGGUGUGGCAGUUACACGAGGACAGACAGAUGUUUGUUCUGCAUUCAUCCACAUCCUGAUUGGAUGGGGAACAAAACUCCUUCAUUGAUUAUUCGGAUAAACACUUUAGUCUUAACCGAUUGCAUAUUUGCUGUAUUUUUUGUCUUUAAACCUUUCACAAGUCACUUUGUGGCUCUUUCAUUUCAAAAGGUGAUGGAUAAAUAAAUAAAUCUCCUUAUUUGCUUUCAGAGUGUAUGCGUGCCUCCCUGUUAUUAAGUUAGCCCGCACUUUUUAAUGCAUUUCUUAUAUACUUUCGAAACUGCAGGAAGUCUGAAGGGAAGUUCCAAACACACCAAGCCUAACACACCUAGACAUUCUAUCAUUCUUCAGUUCAUUCCAAGUUCAUGAACAAAACAAUAUGGUCUGUUCUUAAUGCAUAGCUGACCACAUCUACGGAACUUCAUUAUUAUAUUCUUUCAUGUUAUGAUCAAUCAUUAGUAAUUGUUUUAGUCAUGUUAUAUUAAUCUUUAGUUAUAAUUUAAUUAGGAGGAUUCAUGCCUGUCUAGUUCCAGCCCCAUUUCUCAUCCUUUGAUCUAUCAAUGAUAAAUAGUCAUAUGUAAUUCCCGCCUUGUACCUAUGUUAACCAAUCAGCAACAAGAUGCUUUGUGUUUGUAUCAACCAAUCAGCCACAAGCACACCUGUGGCAAUGUUUGUAAUAUUCAAUAAAAGAGAGUUCCCGGGGCUUGCCCCGGGGAGACGCCUCUCAUAUGACACCUACCACUCGUCUGUCGUGAUUUCAACCCAACA